CAAUAAAAGGCGAAGCGUAUUGACACUCCUACAAAAAGAUAUCUUUCCUUUACUCAGCUGUUCGACUGUUGUUUUUGUUUGCAACCCAUAGCAUAUUGAUGAAAUCAUAAGCAAGAUUGUGUUGAAAGUAAAUAUAUUGAAAUCAUGUACCACCUGCGUAUAUUACGAAAAGCUUUGAUCACACCAAAGUUGCUCAUAAGAUUGCGACGCGGAACAAAUAUGUCUCAAAACAAUGUCUAGUGGAAAUAGCAAAGGAUUAUCAAUAAUGAACAUUGCAGUUUUCAUAAAUUUCUUCUUACUUAUCAAACUUACUUCAGCUAGCUAUUUUAUCGUGGUGACGGGAGAAAGCAAUGGAGAAACACUAUCUUUCGCAAAAAGUCAUUUUGUUUGCGACCGUGAUAGAAGCUGCACACAUGUUAGAUAUAACAGAGGGUCGAAGGAAUUUACACUUGUCAAAGAAGGAGAUGUGAUGGGCAAUACAGACAACAAGAAUGAAAUAGUUUGGCAAAAAGUUCAAUGGAUCUUUGCAUCAUGCAAGGAAGCUUUACAAGAGCAACUUAACGCGAGCGAAUAUUGGAUUCAGCACAAGAAUAUGAAGAUGCCGAUAAAAGUAAAAUGCGAAAGAAAGGAAGAGGAGGUUUUCGCAGUGUUUGAUCACGACAGUGAGACACGAAUUGAAUCAACUGGCCACGAAUCUUUGGGUUCAUACAAGCAUGGUAUAAACUAUAAAACCAAGCUGGAAGACAUCAUAGUAUUUGUUGAUACAUCUACCGCCUGCAAACAGUUCACAAGAAUCGACUGCUAUCACAUGCGGAUUACCGACUUUGGCUAUUUGGCUGACAGAAAUGGGAACCAAAUGACGUACAUUGGAGGUGGACCGGUGAAAGACAGUGGCUGCAGCUGUGGAAUAACAAAUACGUGUGCAGGAAAGGGUCACAAGUGCCACUGCGAUGAAAAUGAUCUUCAAUGGCGAUUUGAUGAAGGUUACGUCACAGAAAAGGAGAGGCUCCCACUUACUGGGGUGAGCCUGGGAGACACUGGCCAGACGGCCUAUGAGAAAGGAGCCCAUACGAUUGGUCAACUUAUGUGCAAGGGCUAGCUGCAAAGCAUGCUAAAGUCACAGAAAGUAUGUAGUUAUAAAGAUAUGAUAGCCGGUUUGAUGGUUUGACCCGGUAUAAAAACGUAAAUCGUGGAAAGCAUUUCUUAAAAAGGCCUAACAUAGCCCACGUUACACAUUAUAGAUUCUGCUAGUGCCUGACAUCUAUUGAUGAAGUCAUGUAGCGUUUUAGUUUACUUUUUGUAUCCUUAGAGUGUAGCCUUGGUUGAACGGAAAAAAAUAUUUCGAAAGUUAAUUUUAUAGCUACUGAAAUAGAAACCAUUUGAGGUUAAAAUGAUCGCCAAACAGUAGGUUUUAGCGAUCCCAUCUUCUUUGAGACAAUUUUUACCAACAGAAACGGUAUUAGAUGCUAAAAGAAAAUGACAAACUCAAUACUCUUAACACAUAAUUGAAAAACAGUGAAGUUAUUUUCAGUUUUUGGAGAAGCAUUUCUGGCGAUUUGACUAAAAAUUGAUUUGAACCUGGGGACUGAAUCUUGAAACGAAAACGUCCUCGAUAUGAGAAGAAAGUUUCCGAAACAAUGAAAAGAAACUUGUCGAUAUAUUUAAGAGUGUGGUGGCGUGCAAGAAGCAAAUCAUCGCGUAGAUGAAAUUGGAAAGUUGUAUAAAAUAUGUCAUACACGUUGCACUGCAUUACGCAAUAUAUAGAAACUUAGAGAAUAUUCCUGUAAUGCAUAAAUUUUUUAGAAAUAUUACAUGGAAUAUAAAAAUUUGUGUACAGUCCACAAAAAAUCAUCGUAUGCCGUUAUCUUCUGUUUGGUUGGUUAAAACAUAAUUCAUUUGUAGAUCCCGAAUUGAGGGUAAUUCUUGUAAGAAAGAACAUAGUUAUAAACUAUACGUUAAGAGAAAAGACUUAAUUACUACGCUUCCACCCUUUCCCUGCUGGCUCUUCUGCACAGCAGUUCACUUUUUAGGAAAUUUCUGCCGAGAAACCUGUUUGCAUCUUUGGUUUGUUGGAAAUCCUUCACAAAGACUGGGAAGUCAAUAGAAGUAGAAAUUGGCGCCGUCUAAAAUAUGAUUGCUUCUACAACUUAACAGAGAUGUACUACUUCUAGAAGAUGGAGACAUACUGCUUCUAGAACUUAAGAGAAUCUCUUUUAGGUUGCUUUGAAAUAAGCCUGAAUUUAUUAAAAUUGGCCUCCUCUCUCUCUGAUUCUCAGUGCGCAUUGGACAGCAUUGUCAUUCAAAGAACGACGAAUCUUAAACACUCAGAAGAUUAUACUCUCCAAGUUUCAUUUCUCUUCUUACUCUACCAUCGUAAACAAACACCAAAUAUAUUUUCGCCGAAGAUAUAAGGGCAUCAAUAAAACAUUAUUGCGACUAAUCAUGUGACUAACUAAUCAACGGAGCUUAAAAAAAUGAAAAGAAAACUUACGUAUGAAGAUUAUCCGAGGCAUAGCAAUUCCGGCAAAGAUUCAUUAUUUGUUUCCUGCAAGACAAAUAAAAUUUUAUAAGAAAUGAAUUUCUCGAUUUUGACAAUGCGAUCUUAAGCUAAAGCUUAGUCCAUACGUUAUAAGCGUCCUACAAAAUUCUACGGCGUUCUACGGAACUCUUUUGGGUGGUAGGAAUGCAAUUCUUUUUGAAUGGAUGGAAGGGUCUUUUUAUACAGUAAAAAUACUUCGAUUAACAGCAAAAAAUUUUUUGCAAUGCUCUGUUUAAUUUGACUUUCAAAUCGCAUCGAAAUGUACCGAUCCAUGGUAGUCCGGACAGUUUUGAUAAACCGGGCAAUUUUGCGGACCAAAUUUUACUUCAGACGAAAAGCUGGCAAUUUUCUCUCUAGUGUAAGUAGAAAUGACAUUCUCUUGAUAGCCGUUCUCCAGAAAAAUCUUUUUAAGUUGCUCAAGUUCCGAGUUGAGUUUUGACUUGUAACAAAUCAUCAGUGCCCUGUGCGUUAACGUUUUGACAAGUUUGAUUUUCCUUUGUUUUGGGCAAAACGAAUUCCAUCGAGUGUAUAACCCCGAAAAAGUAGGUUUACGAUAUACACUGGUAGGAAAUCCAGUGCAAAACUUUUGAACCAAAACAGCUAGAAAUGACAAGAAAUUGUUUUUUUCCUUUUCAAAAAUAGACUGUAGGACUG